GGAGAGGAAAGCACGAGUGAGGCGAGUGUGCCAGAAGUACAGGAAUCCCGUGUACAGCAAGCAACUCACAAGGAACUCGUUCAUGUACUAUUCAAAAAAGUACAACCUCAUGGUGUGCAUAGCCGCCAAGGUCGGGUCCUCCACCUGGAAGAGCCACCUGCUCCACAUGCGAGGAAUCAGGCCAGUCACUAGCAACAUCCACGCUAAGUACUUCGAGAGCAAGAUCAAGGCCAAACUGCUCCUGGGGACCUAUUGGACAAUCCAGGCCAUGAGAAACUCGACGAAGGUGAUGACAGUUCGCCACCCACUCGAGCGCCUUGUCUCCGCCUUCAGGGACAAGUUCCUAGAUGGGAGGCCCGUGCAGCAGGCGCAGUCGGAUGGACACAUGAGAUACUUCUGGAAGCCGGCCAUGGUUGCGCUGAAGAAAGGUCGCAAUGAGGAAGGCAAGCUGCAAAUCACCUUCCACGAGUUCUUACAGUACGUGGUGAAGGAACAGCGCUCCUCCGCCGGCGACCCGCACUGGAUGCGCUUCUACAGGCUGUGUUCCGUCUGCGGCAUCGACUUCCCCUUCGUCAUGAAGCUCGAGACGUACGCCGAGGACCUCGCCUUCCUCGUGCAAAAUCUCGGGAUCGCGGAGGUCAACCCUCUGGAGAGACGCCACUCGCUAUACUCUGACAGCCCCCAAACCCAGAGUCGACCCAACGAUGCCUCGACUCGCCUGGCGAUCGACAGUGGUGAGCCUGUCACCCCCAUCAAGAACUCGACCCUCGAGUAUUACCUCGACGUCCCCCCUUACCUUCUAGCCUCCGUGCUCGACAUCUACAAGGUCGACAUCGAGAUGUUUCAUUACGAAGUGCCUCCGGUGUUACAAGGAAUCGUCGACCGAUAUCGAAACGGCACGACUUAGCAACGGGUUUAUUUUUUUCUUGUUUUAUUUGUGUGUAUAUGUUGUUGUUGUUGUUACUGAUGUUGUUGCUGUUGUUGUUGUUGCUGUUGUUGCUGUUGUUGUUGUUGCUGUUGUUGUUGCUGUU